GCGCUCCUGCCGCUUUAAGACCAAUCUCCCGCGCCCGGACUCCGAGCGGAAACAGAAUCCAUUCCCUCUAUUUAAGCGCGCCAACAAAGCCCCGCAACACACAGAAGGUGUCCAGGGCUGUCACCGCGCCUCGUCUGCCUCUCGUCCGCUUCUGCACCAUUUCUGUCCCGCCGUGUGUCCUCCGUCCCCCGUGAGAAAUGCCGGAGCAAACAGCCGCCGCGUCCGUCGUGGAGAGUGUGGAGGAGAAGCCAUGCUCUUCUACAUCUGCUACUGACAGCAGUACUGAUGUCCUGGAGGAGGCCAAGAAGCUGAUUGGCACUGGUAACAGACACCUGGUGAUGGGAGACGUGGUAUCAGCAGUGUCUGUGUUCCAGGAUGCCUGCAGUAUGCUAGCUGCGAGGUACGGCGACACUGCAGAUGAAUGUGGAGAGGCGUUUUUCCUGUGUGGGAAGUCCCUGCUGGAGCUGGCUAGGAUGGAGAACACUGUCUUGGGUAAUGCUCUGGAGGGAGUCCCUGAGGAGGAUGAAGGUGAAGAGGAGGAGCAGCCCAGCAACUCCAACAUCGAGAGUGCCAGCAACCUGGAUGAGCAAACUAGAGAUGAGCUCCGAAAGCAAGUGUACGAGGCCAUGGCAGAGGAGGAGAAGCCUGAACCCAAGCAGGCUGAAGCUGGCCCAGAGGAGGCUCAGGGAGAUUCUAAGUCUGAAGUGAAGCAGGAGGUGGAGCCUAAUGGCUCAGGCAGUGACUCUCCUAAAGUACAAGAUGAGAACAUUUCUGGGUUCCCUGGACAAGAGCACUGUGCUGAUGGGGAGGAGUACAUGGAGGAAGGAGAACAAGAAGAUGACGAUGACGUUGAUGACGACGAUGAUGAUGAUGAUGAUAAUAAGGAAGAACAAGGAGAGAAGAAUGGGGAGGAAGAGGAGGUUGGAAACCUGCAGCUGGCCUGGGAGAUGCUGGAAGUGGCCAAAGUCAUCUACAAAAGAAAGGACACCAGAGAAGACCAGCUGAUGGCUGCACAGACUUAUCUCAAACUGGGAGAAGUCAGUGCAGAGUCUGGUAACUAUCCUCAGGCGCUGGAGGACUUCCAGGAGUGCCUGGCCCUGCAGCUGAAGCACCUGCCCCCUCACAGCAGGCUCCUGGCUGAGACGCACUACCACGUAGCUACCACCCUCUGCUACAUGGACCAGUACGACCAGGCCAUCCAGCACUACAGCAGCUCCAUCAGGGUCAUCGAAGCCAGGCUGGCAAUGUUGCAGGAGGUGAUUGACAAAGCAGGAGCAGCAGAGGCUGCCUCAGAAGAGAAGAAUGAACUGGAGGAGCUCAAACUGCUGCUGCCAGAGAUCAGGGACAAGGUGGAUGACGCCAAGGAGAGCCAGAGGACGGCCAGUGCUGCGUCCAGAGCCAUCCAGCAGACACUAGGCGGCGCUUCAACAUCCUCAGGGUUCAGUGAAAAUGGCGGGUCGUCUUCAUCAGCCUUCGGAGCCUCUCAGAUUCCUGUGCGACCUGCAGAUGGUGCCUCAUCUUCAGUCUCUGAUAUCUCUCACCUCGUCAGGAAGAAGAGGAAAGCAGAUGAAGACAGCGCGAUAGACGACUCGGGGGCAAAACAGGCCAAACGGGAAGUCAAUGGCAACGGGGACUCUAGUGCCAGCGACGGGCAGCAGGAGGCCACUCAGUCGGCCAGUUCUACGGAGAGAGCAGCGUGACACUCCAGCCUCAAUCCUGACCUCAACCUCAAACCAGCACAGCAUGCCUGUCACUGACACUUGUUUUGUAAAUAACCAUUUUCAUAGAAUUGUCUGUUUUUUGUAUUUACUUGUAGUAAAAAUAAAGAAUUUGCAAAUGUUAAA